UUUACGUAUUUUUUUUUUUUACAGCGUUUUCUUGGCGGCCGUUGAGCGAUGUCUCACCCGACCGCACGAGCUCGGCAAGCUGUUCAAAAAAUACGAACGCAAGCUUUUGAUGUACGUGGUUUACUGUCAGAACAAGCCAGUUUCCGAAUACCUCGUCUCUGAUCACAAUGACUAUUUCGAGGAAAUGCGUCAGUUCCUAGGCCACAAGCUCCAGCUAAGUGACAUCCUCAUCAAGCCUGUGCAGAGGAUUAUGAAAUACCAGCUGCUGUUGCGGGACAUGUUCAAGUACACGGAGCGGGCUAGAUUGGCAGACGAGAUGGAAGCACUUCGACAAGCUAUGCACGUCAUGCAAGUAGUGCCCAAAGCAGCCAACGACAUGAUGGACGUCGGUCGGUUGCAAGGUUUUGACGGCAAAAUCACCGCCCAGGGCAAGCUGCUGUUACACGGAAUGUUGACGUGCACCGAGGGUCCCAGCCUCAACCCGAACAGAGUACCACCGCACAAGGACCUGCACGUAUUCCUAUUUGAGCAGAGUAUAAUACUCAGCGAAGAAAUGCGCAAGAAGGCGCAGUUCAGCAGUCCAGUGUAUGUUUACAAAGCGCACAUACAGGUGAACAAAAUGACACUAGAUGAGAGGCACGGUUCGUCCAGCAGUAACUCGUCUGAUGACUUGUCCGAUGGAUCUUUCAUCAUCAAAUCCACUGACCCCAAGAGGCCACCGCUGUGGUUUGUGUGCCAUGCGCACAGUGUGGAAUCGCGUUCUGAAUGGUUGCAGAACCUCAGGCAAAUACUCCAGACGCAACAGGACUUCCUGAAAGCCAUACAGUCACCCAUAGCCUAUCAAAAAGAACAGACUAAGGAGGCCAGUUAGUUGACAGAGUGUGUCACAAUAAACAAAUUAAAUGAAAAAUAUAAAAUGUCUAUUCUACUUAACUCGUCAGCUGUGACAGUUUAGUACAAUUGUGUUCGGCACAUUGACAAUUUAAGUCUGACCAUGUCCCCAAGCAGAUUGAAUAUUAUUAUAAUUAUUGUUAUAUUAUUAUAAUCAAGACGACAUUCCUAUUUUACAUUAUCUUUUAAAUUUUUAUCUAAGUAGUUUUUAAACAUAAUCGAAAAAAAGUAACAACUAUUUGUUUUUACAUUUAAAACAACAUCGAUUAAAUAUUAUCAUCACGUGAGAUUGACUUUAAACUUUAGAGCUUUCUAGAGGAUA